AUGUCCGCUGAUUCAGAAUCCAUUUCUGCUUCUAUUUCAAACACUACGAAUAUGGAAAGCAGUCCAUACCACUUACAGAAUAGUGAUUCACCAGGAGCAAUCUUGGUAUCCAACGUCCUCACUGGGGAAAAUUACCAUACAUGGAGCAGGUCCAUGAUUAUGGCAUUGAAGGCAAAAAAUAAAAUUGGAUUUGUAAAUGGAUCGAUUGUUCGACCAGCUUCAACAGAUACUUCGAGUGAUUUGUGGGAAAGAUGCAACAAUAUGGUAUCUUCUUGGAUCAUCAGUUCUGUAUCAAGAGAAAUUGGGGCCAGCAUCAUCUGUGCUCAAACUGCUAAGGAUAUGUGGCAAGAAAUCAAGAACAGAUUCACACAAGGAAAUGGGCCAAGAAUUUUUCAACUUCAGAAAGAUUUAUCGAUGUUGACUCAAGAAAAUAUGUCGAUUCUGAUGUUGGAACCUCUACCAGAGAUAAACAAGGUUUUUUCCUUAAUGGUCCAAGAAGAGAAACAGAGAGAAAUUAGUAGAACCAGUGCCAUUGAUACUGUUGCUUUUAUGAGUAAAAUGCAAGAAUCGAAAUCAUCAGGCCAAAGAUUUGUUCCUGGAAAUCAGCAGUACAGAAGAGCAAGAUUGAUUUGCACUCAUUGUGGGAUGACUAAUCACACGGUUGAUAAAUGUUACAAAGUACAUGGUUAUCCUCCUGGUUUCAAAUCUAACAACUAUCGACAGAAAGGAAAGUCUUCAUCAGCAAAUCAAGUCACAAGCCAACUUCUUGAUACACCCUUUGAGUCUUAUAAUAAUCUGCCUUUCUCUCAAGAGGAUUGUUAG